AUGGCUUUACCUUUUGCUGUGAAAGACCUUCCGUACUGGGACAGCAGCACAAAGAAGCCACUGAUAGCAUGGAGUCAAAGCGGCAUAAUUGCAUCUGCUGUUGAUAGAUACGUAACAUUUUAUAUCGAAAAUGAAAAUAAAGUUGAUAUAUAUUCAUCAAUUAAAUGUUCAGACUCUCAAAUCACAACAAUAACAUGGUCACAAGGGUUUAAUUCUGAUGGUUUUACGCCUCUUUACUUACUUAUAGGAAAUAUCGAAGGAGAUGUGAGAGUUUAUGAUCUAUUGAGAAAUACAGUCUUAAAUUCUGUUCAUUUACGUGAAGGAUCCGUCAUUUCUAGUGUUGGAUCUCCACUCAAUGCCCUUGAAUUUUACAUUGGAUCUUCGAAAAAUACCAUUUACUGCAUUGAUUUCAGUCCAUUGGACACACCAUCACUUGUGUGGAGCUUGCCUUCACCAUAUACACCCAAUAUAUUGCGAAUUUCUCCACAUGAUUACACACAAUUAUUAUGUUUUGCGUCAACUGGAGAAUUUUCCAUACUUGGCGAUAUUGACCUCCGAAAUGGUGCCAAAAUCAUUUCAAGUCUUGUAUUUUCUGACCACGACCACGGUCAAUUCAUGAAUUGUAACUUUUAUCCUCAUCUCGACAACUCUAUUUACAUUGUUGCUACAUCUGGCGUGUUCCUAUAUACAUUCAAAGAUAACGUUUUUACAUUGAUUUACAGCGCAGACAGCCGCAGUGACAUUAUAUACGAUGCAUUCUUUCCGAAAUCAGACGAUAGACUAAUAGCGAUUAUCCACAGGACACAUAUACGUCUCAGCUGCAUAGAUCAGCUCAAUCUCGACUCAUUCCAGAGCGUUCAUGCGAUAUCGGAUGGAACAAAAGAUACAUUUGAGUCAUCCGUUGGAUUUCUCAACAACAAAUUGUGUCUUUUAUCACGUGGAUCAAUCCAAAUGAUCCAAAUUGCGAAUAGAAAAUUCAGAGUUUAUUGCAUCGCGAGAUUUCCAUUUGGAAAGCCAACAGGUAUCUGCACACAUAAGAAUAUGAUAUCUAUUGCCAACGAAUAUGGUUUUGUUGGCAUUUCUUCAAUUCCAAAGGAUUCUCCAUCUUAUUACGUCGGAUCAUGCACUUACAACAAACUUAUUAGAGUCAUCAAUGGUAGAAUACACUCCUUGCAUGCUCUUACAGAUAAUUUGAUCCUUAUUUCAGGUACACAAAAAGAAAAUCAAAAAGUUUUGAUUUUUGACGCUUCAAACCUCAAAUUACGUUCCGUUCUCAAGGAGAGCCAAGAGAUCUCCACAAAGGAUAAGCCAGUGGUCGUUGUAAGCCCCAAUAAAAAGUAUUUCGCAGUUUCUCUUGGUGACUCAAUUUUGGCACUUUUUACUUCCCUGGGGAAGCAAAUUACAUCGUUUACAAACAAUCAGAAAACAUUUGUUGUUUUUUGUUCUGACCCUGAUGAACUGCUUGCAAUAUCUUCAAAUGGUAAUGUUUACGAUUUCGAACUUUCAGACGAUAAUUGUAAACUUAAGAAAUCUUUCCUAUUACAAAUUGAGAGGGAAACGAUAACAACCGUUUGUUCCUCAUUCAAUUGUUUUUAUGUCGGCACUAAGAGCGGCAAAUUGUAUAAUUUUGGUUGGGACAUGAAGCAGAUCUCCAAUUGCCAGGUUUCGAACAAACCAUUAUCCGAAAUCAUCAUCGGUGAAUCAAAAGCUAUCGUCACCGAUAACAAUUUUGGCACUUUUCGGGUUGGCAUCACACAUGAUUUAGUUUCGAAACAGAUGAAAUCGAAAGUUGAUGUAUGUCAGUUCCUUUCAGAAGAUUACUUGAUCUGUUGUUUGAAGGAAGAGAAGUCAAUAAGUGUUUUGAGUUCCAAUGAUUUAGAAUCUCGUUUUGAAAGAAUUCCAACAUUCUUUUUGGAAACUCCUGUUUUGUUCUCGGAUUACGCGAGAAAGGAGUAUUUCGGAAACGAGUUGAAGAAGUGCAAGAACUUAGAAGCAGCUUGGAAACUCUGCGAUAGAACAGGAUAUUUCAUUUUAGGUGAAUUGUUGAGACUCAAAAACAAAAUUUUUAGUCCUUUAGUUUUCGAUAUUUCUGGCCAAGAAAAAUUGCAUUCACUUUUUGAGAGUUUAUCGUACAUGUUUAUAAGAAGUCGCGGAGAUAAUGCAACAGAUAGAAGAGUUAGAAUGUCAUUGCUUCGUAACGACAGACAGAAAGCUUUAGAAGUUUUUUUGACACCGAAUAAUUCAUUGAAUAAUUUUGAAAAGAAUGUUUUGAAAGCAGGAUAUCUUAAUUUAGAGAGUUCUGCUGAGUCUGCUGCUGUUGUUGCUGCAUUGAUUGGAAAUGGAUGUUAUGCUACUGCAAUUGAUAUCCUUCUUAUAACGAAACAAUACGGACAGGCUGCGAGAUUAUGUCUUCAAAACUCUGAAAUGGAAAUGGCUUUGCACAUUUCUUGUUCACUUUGCAGAGAUGAAGAUAAAAAGGAAACUGUGGAUAAAGUGGCGAAAUCACUUGCUGGUUCAAGAAAUGUUAUUCACGCAGCUGCUUUGCAUCUUCUUAACGACGACGUCCCAAAGGCUGUGGAAUGUUUGCAGCACAAAUUGGACAUUUCAUCUAUCAUUAAAUUGUUUUAA